UCUCUCUUUUCCCCUCUCACACACUGUCACACCCACCCACACUCGGUGACUCUCCCUCUGUCACUCUCUCGUCUCAUCUUCCGUCUACGGAACACUGUGUACUAUAAUGUACCAUUUCCUAGGAGUUACUAAAACAACACUACUCAAUAACCGGACAUAUGGGAAACAGUCCUAAAAUACAUAAAAGUGUCCACGUGGGCGAAACAUGCCAUCUAUCGAUUAUUCCGUCACUUUUACCGUUGAUGAACCAACCCAACUGCCAACCCCCCGGCUUUGCCUCCUGUGCCGAUCCAGCACUCAAAGAGGACAACUUUCAUGCACAGUGUCGUGUAACAACUCCACAUAUCCUGAACAAGAUUUCGCUAACCUGUCAACUUUUCCUUCAUGUACAAAUUUACUUCGUGCAACCUUACCGCCGUUCAUUAGGAACACUAUACAUACCAUCCUCGCAUUCUCAAUUGACCCUUCGCUCAACUCCAAUUUUGCAAAAAUAUUCAUCCUAUUCUCACGUCAUAAAAGUCAUCUCAUCAUGUCCAAAACCUCGUCUUUCCGCGUCUGCAUCUCGCUUCUUCUCCUCGUCCAAAUCGCGUGCUGGUUCCUCACCGUGCUGGACCUCUACAGGCCAGGCCGACCACAGUCCCUCCUCCGCAACUCAAUGUCCGUCCUAAGGACCUCCUCUGAGGGACUCCUCCAACUCUUGUCCCAGCCGUCGUCCGCUCUGCUUUCUUACAAGGAUAUUCGCGCCCAUUUUUGAUUCUCCGCGUUGCCAGCGUCGUCAUCGUCUUCUUCUUCAUCUUCUUGUUACUAUUAUUACCUUUAAUACCAUAACCGAGCGCUUUCUCCUUCUUCAUUCAUCAAGGCGAUUGAAAAAGUCCAGGAUUCAUGACACAUCCCUGCGUUUCGCACCAUCGAACCAUCAUCGCGAUACAUACAUACACACAUACAUUCUAUCCAGGCCAACC